GGUCAACUUACGGUUACACUAAAAUCUGUGCCCGCAAAGGGAGAUAUAUUGCGUGUUUAAUUUAAUGGAAUUCUGGCGAAAUUGCUGGCAAUUUAUUCGUUUAAAUGUCAACUACCAAUGAUGAAAGUUCCCCGAUCAAGGGCGAAUCUAGUUCUGUACCAAAAAAAGUAGGCGUAGAACAAGUAUUAACGGAUAUUGACAUGGAACAUCCGGUCUCAAAUGAAAAAAACCCAGUUAUGCAGGAUUUUACUCGAAAUACGGAUAGCGUAGAUACCAUAUUAAACACAAGUUUGGAUGUGGUAGAAACCGUGAUAAAUGCAAACACGGAUAGCGUAGAUACCAUAUUAAACACAAGUUUGGAUGUGGUAGAAACCGUGAUAAAUGUAAACACGGAUAGCGGAGAUUCGGUCCGUUUAAAGCCGCCAUCAGAUUCGGAUGUGGAAAUGGUCUCCGCGAAGUCGGAUGCCAAAUCGGAGGAACCGGAACCGGAACCGGAGAAGAAGGCUCACGUAAAAAGAGAGCGCCGCAAGAGGACCAAGGAACGCCCUGCUCCCCCGAAGGCUCCACCCCAGAAACUCAACUGGAAGUGGAACCUGCGCAUCCUUAUCUCCAACCUGUACAUGAAGAGCGAGGACCGCCUGCCGGGAGCCUGUGUCCCCAAGUGCCUUCAUAAUACCAGUCAAUGUACAGACAAGCAUCGCUGCUCCAUGCUCCCUGAUGCUCCCAAUUUUACCGCCGUGCAGGCUUUACGAACCACGCUGCAUGGCCAGCACUACGAUACCUUUCUGGACAUCCUGGAGAUGAUGGUGCUGCAGUGCGUCUACCCGGGCGAAGGCGUAUUCGACAGACUUAUUGACAUGGCAAUGAUCCUGAUUGCCAAGGAGAUGAGCGUCAAGGAGUUGGGCGACACCUACAACAAGGUGAUACGCACUUUUUUUCUGCUGGUCGAUGCCUUCCCUCCUUGCUGGACCGCCCUGCGUCCUUACUACUUGAACUUUCUGGGCGUCAAGAAUCCCGCCUCGCGUGAAACGCACUCCAAUGAUUCUCCCCAGAAGCUGCAGUUCUAUUUGGAUCUCCUUGAGGAGAACCUUUCCCAGUGCAGCGAUGAGGAUAUCCGCGAAAACACCAAGUUCUACGAGAAGUUCGUGUUCAACUUUUCGGAAGAGGAGGAUGCCAAUAUGUCGCAGGAAACUGUCUUUUUGCGGCAUGUUCAGCAGUACGACUGGCUGAGUGGCAAACUAUGCCUGGACGACUUCAAGAGAAUGUCACCCGCAGUCCGUCUGGCACGGCUUUUUGAUGUCCUAAACAUGUUGACCUGGGUGCUGGAAAUGGAGUUCCUCUCCUGGCUGGAUCACAACAGGCUGCGUCAAUCGGAGUCUGAACUGUUCCAAGAAGACUCAAAACCAUUUGCCUCAAUUGUAUUCGGAAUGUCAGCUAGCACGAGACUCACAGACAUCGUUAAACAAAUCAUGAAGCUUUUCGGACAGGCAGCGGCCAAAUCUAUGUACCCAGAACGACAGAGGAUUCUCCAGCGCCUCAUUUCCCUCAUUAUAGAGGUCAGCAAUACGGCAGAGCUGAAGUACGUGGAUAACGCGGUGAUUUAUCCGAAUCUCGGCCCCCAAACCCGCGUGCUUAUCGCCGACUUCUUUAAGAUCUUUAAAUCGCAGAAUCCCAAGCACAUCAGCACAUACAUAAAGACAAUUUCGGAGUUGGAUCAACCGUAUCUUCGCUUUGAAUUUACAGAUCACUUCCUUCAGCUGUUUUACCUUACCAAAAAGAUGUCUUUUGGACCGGAAAAGGUGGUCGAAGAAUUUACGACCCGUCAGUGGAUAAAGUACAAACCAAAAUCAGAGAUCGAAGAGGACGAUGAUGAACAGUUGUCCCGCGAGGAUUACCUAGCAUUACUACUCAACGCCUUAAGGGACUUUGAUAAGUGGCUGAACCUCGGUGGCUUCUGGAAGUAUCUGAAAAGCAAGGAGCAUGUUCAACCGUUGCAGACGAGAACUAGUAGUCCGCUGGCCACACCAGUGGGCGUUAUAUCCGGUGACACGGGUAUGGUGUUCAUGCUAGAUGAAAUGGAGGAGGAGGUGCACACUUGGAAAAAGCGAAUGAACACGAGGGUGAUAAUAGGACGUCCCAAAGUAAAUCUGCCGGUGGCCAGAAUCAAUGUGGCCAAGAUGUGCCUGAGAUAUGGCGAGGACGUGCGCCAGACUCGCUUCCUGCGACGCCUGCUGCAAAACCAAGUCCAGAAAGAGGUGGACGUUUCAGAAUGGUUAACCUACCUGAAUGGGUUUCUGGGCGACGACGAGCCCUGUUCGCAAUCGGAUUCUGCAUCUACCGAGUCGGAUGACCCCUAAGUUUCCUGGUUUGAUAGCACUAGUUUCUAAGCUCAAUUAAUUUUUAGUUAUUCUAAGCUCAUUGAAAACGCUCAGCGAUUGAAAGGGAAAAAGUGAAAUAAGAAUACUUUUGCUUCAUUGCCAUUUCUCAUAGUUUUCGUUUCUGUAUUUCUCCAUUGCAAAUAUAUAUUUAUGCUGUAACUAAAUACACAAUUACGUACACAUUUACAUAUAAAUACAGCUACUGCGCAUGUACAUACAUACAUUAAUAAAUAUAUAUGUGUAUAAUUAUACAAUA